AUGAUAUUCCCCCUCAUCUGCCUGCUUCUCCUCCAACCCGCCUCUCUCACCCUCGGUGCUCCGCGACGGGCCAUAUCACCUCCUCGGCAGCGAGCAACCAUCCUCGAAGCCGAUUUCAAAGGAGACGGGGAAGACAUGGUCAGAGAGAUUCUCAACCGUCCCUAUAGCACGAGACACAACGACGGCAGCGAUAGUAACAGGCUCUUUUACGGCGUCCGCUUCUCCGAGAGCGAUGAGGGCAGAGUGCGGGUUGCGCGGGCUGAUCCGAUCAACAUGGAAGCUUUACGGAAGGCCAUCGAGGAACAUGCUCUAGAGUGGGCGCUAAUCGAGGUGGUUGAGGAUGACGACGACCUUUCUGACGACGACCUUUCUGAGGACGGGACGGAUGAGAUUGCCAAGAGAGUCUAUGAGCAAGAUGCCUUGGACGCGUAUAGUUACUCUGGCCCCGCGAGGAGAGAUGUCGAAGACGGUCCAUGGAAUCCGGUCCUCAGAGACGGAGGAAGCAGCGAAGAUCCCUUUGCGAAGCCCAAGUUCCGCGAGGGACAGGGGGCAACACAAGCCCAUUAG